AUGAAAGGUUGUAAAAACAAAGAUACGAUUGUUGAAUCACUCUUAGAAGCAAGUAACUACGACAAUUAUAGAUAUGUAAAGUUGAUUUCUUUAAAUAUAGGUGCAUCUGUUACUGAAUUUCAAGCUGCCAAAAAGACAAAUUUCGCUACCCUUCCCGGAAGAUUAUUCUUGAACGAGUCUUUACUCAGCUCCGAUGGCAGUGCAAGUAUUGGUCUCGUAACAGUAUCCCCUAACGGGGAAAUAUUCUCCUAUCAAGUAUUAGAAGGAGGUGUAAACAGUAUAUGGCACCCGACAAUCCGUCAUCAUGUUUGGGGAACCGAUAAUGCACAAGAUGUUACUUUGUUCGAUUCGAAAAACGCCGGGGAAUACGGUGAAGAUUGCUACUUUUACAUGGAACUAAGCUCAGAUAGAGUCGCACUAACUACAGAUUUUAUUCUUUUCAGGGAUGGCCGUUGGCUCAUGAUUGCUGGUUACAAUGAUGUCUCUACCCUCAACACAGUAGCUUAUGCUACCCGUCUGGCUGGACAGCAAAUCUCAAACAACAUGAAAUGGAUUUCGUUGGCACCUGGGUUUGACUUUACCGGUUUUAGUGGAGGUGUGGUGAACGAUACAUACUACUUUUGGACAAAUAAAGAUGCAAAGAAUGGCAAAGUUGCAAAGAUCAAUCUUGAUUGGAGCAAAGCGCGCCAAGUGAAGAAUUUCACUGAACUUCAAGAUCGUCCACCAGUGAUUGAUGUCGUACCUGAACGUAAAGAUGCUUUGAUUAACGCAGGAGAUGUCAAAAUGACAGCCAAAGACAAAUUGCUUGUCAACUAUAUUGAACAAGGUGAAAUAGCAAUCUAUCUGUACAACACCAAAGACGGAAAAUUGAUCAAACGAUUGCUACCUAAUGAGACCAUGUACGUCAACGGUUUCCGAGGUGAUCCGGAUAGCAAUACGAUGAUCAUCUUAGCACAGAGUUGGAAUACGCCUAGCAAAGUAUUUGAAUUCGACUGGACUGGUUCUGACAUGGAAACAAGUACAAUUACUGUUAGGCAUAUCCAGCACUCUAAUCCGGAUGACUUUGCUAUUGAGAAACAUCAUGCAGCGUCAAAAGACGGUACACAAGUUCCCUACUUUGUUACAUACCGCAAAGGGAUUCAAAAACCAGCUCCUGUGUUCCUGCACGCAUACGGUGCCUAUGGAGAUAUCGAGAACCUCUUUUAUCAGCCAAAUUACUUUGACUUUUUACGAAAUUAUGAUGGUUUCUUCGUUUGGGGUGGACCAAGAGGGGGUGGCGACAAAGGCGGCUUUUGGCACGACGCCGGGUCAGGCUUAAAUAAAGAACACACGUUUAAGGACAUUAUUACGAUAAUAAAGGAUCUUAUAGCACUCAAGUAUGGCAUUCCCGGCAAAUUCAUUAUCGAAGGAGGAUCAGCAGGUGGGAUAGCAAUGGCAGCCGUGGCAAACCAAGCUCCAGCUAGUAUGGUUGGAUUAGCUUUGCCCGUUCGUGCAACCUGUGACGUUUUCGAAUUGGAAUUGAGAACCACAGUCGGUGAUGCAAAUAAGCCAGAAUUCGGAGAUGUAACAACUCCAGAAGGUUUUGAUGCAGUUCGUGCUUGGUCACCUUUACAAAAUGUUGUUCCAAAUAAGCCAUACCCGGCGAUAUUUCUAACUCCAGGAUCGUACGAUGAAACUGUUGUUCCUUCAAGCAGUUACAAAUUCGUGGCCGAAUUACAACAUACCAAUCCGAAUAACGCUUUACCUUUCUUGAUGUAUGUCGUGCAAGACAAAGGUCACGUUCCGAGCACGAUUAUUGAAAGUAGCUAUCAAUUCUACAUCAUGGAGGAAGCCUUACACAUCACCAGAAGGAAAAGCUGA